ACUGCUUAUAUUGCUAACUGCUAAAUCAAACCACAAUCAAAAGGAAGGUUAUAUUUAUAUAUACAACUGUUUUCAUUCCAUGGAUAAAUGAUAACCCAUAUCGAUGCUUUAAAUCCUUCCAACAAGUUUAAACUUUUACAAGACAUGCAAUCAUAAAGGUAAAUGGAGUAAUUUUAUGGAUGAACGAUCCCCCUUUUUAAAUGCUUUAAAUUGAUUUAACACGUAUAAUCUUAAUAUUUGGGCACAGAUCGAUAGUGAACAACGUAAAUUUUACUUCCUCAAUCACAGCAGUCGUAGUAAUGCGUUUCAUAUUUUUGAUUUAUUUUUUGAAAUUAUUUAACGAGGCGAGAACUUACGAAAACAUUGCCUUGAAUAAACCUGCAUCGCAGCAAUAUACUCAGUAUACCUUUUAUGGAACAUUUGACGCGGCUCAUGCUGUAGAUGGAUAUAAAUCUAAUUUGGAUGUUGAAGGAGGGCAGUGUACGUUAUCCGACUAUGGACGUUCAUCAUCAAAAUGGCAGGUAGAUCUGGAAGGGGUACUCAGUAUCGACCACAUCUCUAUUCAUUAUGCAACGAACAAUACUCUAUGGGAUACUAAGGGUGACACCUUGUCCACGUUUUUGGGAUUUUCGCUCUACGUAUCAAACACAACUACCAAGGAGGAUUGGGUACUUUGUUUUAAGGACACAUUCUACACAAGGGAUACAAUUCCUAACCCCCUUAACAUAUCAUGUCGUCUGAGUGGGAGAUACGUCAUCUACUACAACAACAGAACACACUUUCCGCUACCUGCAGGAUAUAGUUAUUACGCUUUCAAUGAACUAUGCGAAGUAGAAGUAUAUGGUUGUCUGAAUGCAAGCUACGACGGAGAUAACUGUUCUACAUCUUGCCAUCAGAACUGUUUGGAUGGACGGUGUGACGUCAUGGAUGGAACAUGUCUAGGCUGCAUUCAAGGAUACACAGGAUCGACUUGUGACACAGGUUGUAAUACAAUUGUAAUUAUGAUAUAUUUCUACGGAAAACACAACGUUUUUAUGUAUAUGAUAUAUUUAAUAAAUUGCUAAUAUUAUAAUUGCAAACAAACUUAAUAUAAAUCAUUUUGAAUAUUUAAGUUUUGAUUUAUUUCAAACUUAAAAGACGUGAAGUAAUUUCACACGUAUCUUAUUAUUGCUUAAACGCUUUAAAAAAAUGUAUACAUUGUUGCAUAUGUAAGUGUGAAAGACUGUGAAUUUGUGUCGCUGAAAUAAUACACUCAACGUUUUUACUCAGACUUUCAAAAAUGCUUUUUGCAUUCUUGAAAUGUGUUGCUGCUUUUCAUGUUUUAAUAUUUUCAACUUUUCAGCAGAUCUUGAGUUUGAAUACAGCAUUUUUUUUUCAAAACUUGUAAUACAAAUAUGUUUUUAAAAUGAUGUUGUGUACAGAAAUCUGAAUUAUAAAUUUGUCUUCCUGUAUUUUGUUAAUAUGCAAAAUAGUUAUGAUAUUGUAUUUGCAACCGUUUUAAACUUAUCUUAUCUUAAAGGUUUGAUAACGUAAAUGCAAUCAAUUUGUUUUGGAAAAUCAUGAUUAAUUUUUAGCAAUUUAACUGUAAGUAUGAAUUUCUUAACUAUCAACAUUAUUGUUAUUGACAACACUUGAGUAAUUCUGUUUCAUAUUUAUGAUAUAAACAAUGUUCUGAUUUUUUUUUACCAUAAAAGUGAUCUGAAUCUAAGAUAAAAACAUACUCUUUUCAUUUUACUUUUAGUUUUUAUAAUACUUUCAAAUAACAACUACUUGUUUUGGAAGUAGCGUGUGAAGUGUAGGUGUAACUGAUAUCAAGAAUAGAUAACACAAAUAAUGUUUAUAUUUUUCUUUCAAUAUAGAUAUAACUUCAUUCUGAUCUCAAAAAGGAAAAGAAACAUGGUUGUUGCUGCCAAACAAAACUACACAGAGGGCUUUAUAUUUUAAAAUCUAACGUGAGGAAGGAUAAUAUCACCAUGGAAAAAAAUUCAUUUGACCAGUAAUUAUAUCGUCAUCUUUUGUUGCAUCAUGUUUAUGCACUUUUAAAAGCCUUUUUAUAUUUUAUGCAUAUUUUUUUUUCAUGUAUGCAAAACAAAUGAUUUUGAAUGUGAAGAUAAGAAUGUUCACAAAAUCAUGAAAUUUUAUAUUUGAAUUUUAAAUGUUAAACAAACUUUAAAAACCAGCGCUUAUCUCUCCAACAUUCAAUGUCAACACUCGAUGAAUUUUGUUCUGAAUUCAGUACGAUGACCAGCUGAUUAGAAAAUUUGGCGGGCUCGAAUACUGGACAAUUUUAAACAAUCUUUAUCGGCAACAGGACUGAAAAUUAAACAAUCAAUAUUCUAAACGUAAUUGAAUGAAGAAACAUAUACCUAAACUCACUUUCUAAUUUUCUUAUUUUAUUAAUUAUCAGGGUUUAGACAUUGUUAUCAUUUUGUUGAGUACAAUAACGAAACACUAACACAGAAAAUAUCAUAGUGUUUUUAAUAAAACAGUACUUGUUCAUAUAAACACUGAAAUAUUUGAUAUUGUCAUUCUGAAUGCAAGCGUCUUGUAUAUUUAUGGGACUACUAUUUAUCGUGUAACCGUCUUUAUUUAAACAUGGAUUCCCGAUUCAGAUAAUCUGAGUAUUUUUUUUUUGGUGCAAAUACAAACAGAAAAUACAGUAAAACACGCUUAUAACGAAAUCCCAGGGAUGGGCAAUAUUACUUCGUUAUAAGCGUAAUUCGUUAUAUCCGUCAAGUUUACAACAUGAAAUACAGACUUGGAAAAUGAAAUUCACUUCGCUGUAAGCGUCAAUUCAUUAUAAGCGUGUUCGCUAUAACCGUGUUUUGCUGUAUUUUAUUGUGUUGAUAAAGCAACGUCAAUAUUAAUAAAUACUGAAAUAUAGAGACUUUAAUAUAUACAUGUGGCUUCUUGUAUAUUUAUAAAGACUUGU